GUCAUUUAAAGUCAUGUGACUGCACAGAGCGCCGCAGCAGCGUGUUGUAGUUUAGGCUACCCGCAGCAGCGGCCAGUACAGCUGUUAAUGUUGUGUUUUAUUAAUACAUCGUUUAACCAUGUGGACUUUUCUAUCUGUAGCCGUGUUGGUCAGCUGUGCCUCAGUGUUGCAAGCUUCACCUCUUUCAGGGAGGACAGUUCCUGAUUUUGGACAAAUGUACCAUAUAAAAGGUGUGAUCUCAUUACCCUAUGCUGAAAUCAAGGAACCAUUUGAAGGCUGGUAUGAUCUACAGGGGAAGAGAAGCAGAAUUGAUUACUACCAUGGACAAGUCUCCACUUUUCAGCUUGGAGCAGUGGGAGAUCAAGGUGUCAGCUACAAAAUCACACCUGUGACAACAGAGACUGAAUUUAAUGCCAUGAAAUGCUUCCAAGUCAAUGGCACUAAGGAGGAUCCAGUUCUGCCUCAGGCUGCACUGCCUGACCUACAGGGCUUUCAGUUUGAACAAAUGGAAUACUUUGGUGGACACUUGUGUGAGGUGUGGAAGAAUGUCACUGUUGUUGGACACAAAAAGAACACUUACCGUCUGUGGGUGGCUCGACCAGAGGGUGGGGCAUCACUUGCCAAACCUUACCAUUAUGAAAUGAUGGGUUUCAACACGCUUUUGGGUUCCCACUAUGACAAAUACCUCAUCGACUACAGUGACUUCAGCCCUCGAACCAACCCUGAAGACUUUAAUCUGCCCGAAGGUACGAGCUGUGGUCCUUUUCCUGGUCCAGGAGUGGAGCACAGAAUACUAGCCAACCCCAUUCAAGACCUGAUUCAUACUUCUCCUGUGGGCCAUGCCCAUCGCUUAUUUGGGCACUUUAAGGAAAAAUAUGAGCGAAACUAUGAAGAUGAGGUGGAACAUGAAAAGCGAGAACACAACUUUGUACAUAAUGUUCGAUAUAUUCACUCCAAGAACAGAGCAGGCCUAUCAUAUUCCCUGUCAGUAAAUCAUCUGGCUGAUCGCACAGAGGAAGAACUGGCAAUGAUGAGAGGUGGGAAACACAGGAAGACUCCUAACAAAGCCCAACCUUUCCCCACUGAACUCCUCUCUCUUAAUCUGCCUGACUCCCUGGACUGGAGGCUGUCUGGUGCUGUGACCCCUGUAAAAGACCAAGCUGUGUGUGGGUCCUGCUGGAGCUUUGCAGCAACAGGAGCACUUGAAGGAGCAUUGUUUCUAAAGACAGGGGAGCGUGUGGUGUUGUCUCAGCAGAUGCUAGUGGACUGUACAUGGGGCUUUGGGAACAAUGGCUGUGAUGGAGGAGAGGAGUGGAGAGCAUUUGAAUGGAUCAUGAAACAUGGUGGCAUCUCCACUGCAGAGAGUUAUGGUGGAUACACUGGAAUGAAUGGCCUAUGUCAUUAUAAUGCAUCCUCUCUAACUGCCCAUGUGAAAAGCUACACCAAUGUCACUAGUGGAGAUUUGAAUGCUCUGAAGGCUGCGCUGUACAAAUCUGGUCCUACUGCAGUCGGCAUCGAUGCUGCUCACCGCUCCUUUAGCUUCUAUAGUAAUGGCGUAUAUUAUGAGCCAGACUGCAAGAAUGGCCCAGAUGACUUGGACCAUGCUGUGCUAGCAGUGGGUUAUGGGGUAUUGGAUGGACAGCCUUACUGGCUGGUGAAGAACUCCUGGUCCACUUACUGGGGUAAUGAUGGUUAUGUGCUUAUGUCCAUGAAGGACAACAACUGCGGCGUGGCAACUGGGGCCACAUACGUUACAUUGUCCUAAUAUACAUUAUUAAAGAAAAAUACCCAGAUAUACCGUAAUUGGUUACAAACUAGAGCUGAUUCAUGUGGAGCAACAAAACUCAGUAUUUAACUCUGAAAUAUUUUCUCCUCUCGAAACAGCAACAAAUAUUGCAUCGUGUCUUCUGGCCACAUGGUGUCACUAAUGUUAAACAUUGUUUUAUUAGCAUACACAAGUGUAUGCGUCGAAAUCAAAUGUUUCAUGUGGUGUUUUUUUUUUUUUUUUUUUUAAUGCAGCCUUAUUGGUCAUACACUGUGUGAGGUAGCAGUGCUAAUGGGUUACUGUUGAAACUGCUGGGUACUGAAUUGAACACUUUUUUUUUUUUUUUUAAGAGAAGGCUUUUAAUUUAAUCAUUAAGCCCUACCCUGAAAUAAUUUCAUAAAAUCUUUACGCUUUGGGAAAUCCUAAUGUUUUGUUCUUUUUAUAAUUAAAGUUGUGUUUACCAUAAA